GGCAGCAGCAGCAGCACUACGGGCUGAGUGGCGCUUAGAGGAUGUGAGCGCUGCUGGGACCCUGCGGGGAAGGAGGGAUGGAGACCGAGAAGAAGGACUGAGACGGAGGACUGAGACGGAAGCCAAGAUGUGCGAUGACGUGUGAGCGCGUCCGAGAGGUGAAUUUCACCUGCGGAGAAGAGAGACGAAGACAAAGAGCUGCAGGCAGCCCUAUGUGAGUGAGGGAGAUUCCCCCCAACACCCACCCACCUCUCACAGACCCAUCAGUCAAGAUGUACGCCUUCUACUCGCUGCUGGUCUAUAUCUUCUAUACCGUCUUCAAGGAGAAGGAGGAGGAGGAGGCGCUGGAAGGGGCAUGUGGUCACUCCCCAGAGCAGCCUGGCCGUGUUUCCAUGGAAACAGGGAGCAGGAGGAGAGGAGGCCCCACCCCCAGGAUGGGGAAAAGGGGUUGGUGCAGACAGAAUGAGUCCAGUAGCAGUAGUGACAGCGAUGGCCUCUCGCUCAGUGAGGAAGACGAUGAUGGGGGCGAAGACCUGGCACUUCCAGCCAGAACCCCCAUGGCCGCGUUCCUGUCGUUUAAACAGGAGGCAGAGAAGAGAAGAGCCUCCACAGUGCAACUGGACGUGGGAGAAAAGGUGAGCGAGUCUCCCCUGGUGUCAGUGAUGUCCCACCUGCUGAGCUUCCUGGAGCAGUACUCGCACCUGCAGCAGCUGCAGCAGCAGGCGGAGCAGUACCGUGUGCAGCUGCGCAGGCACCGCGUGCAGCACCGACGCCACCUGAAGGCCCUGCGCACGCACUACCGCCAGCGCCUGCGCGACAAGAACAGCGUCAUCAGCAGCCUGGAGGAGGUCAUCAGCCAGCAGCCCAGCCCCGCCGCCGAAGGUGUGGGAGUGGAUGCGUGCGGAGGCGCAGGGAAGGCGGGCCUGCACACGCUGGUGGAGUCUCUGUGCGGCCUGCAGGGGGAGCGCUCCCAGCUGAGGGCCGAGCUCAGGCUGCUGCACUCCCAGCUGGAGCAGAAGGAGCUCGACCGCCACGCCAAGGUCCAGGCCUUCCAGCAGCAGAUUGAUGAGCUGAAGAGCUGCAUUGAGGAGCGUGAGGAGGAGCUGACUCGCCUGAGGGCUGCAUCUGGGGCGACGGACUCGGAGAAGCGCGUGCUGUGUCUGUCGGCGGAGAACGAGAGUCUGAAGCACAGCCUGAGCGUCACACAGGGCCUCCUGCAGCAGCUGUCCGUCAUCCCCAACCAGUCCAGCAACGUGCUCAUGAAGGAGAAUGAGAACCUGCGCAGCCGAGUGCUGCAGCUGGAGAGCACCCUGCAGCAGCGUGCCGAGCAGCUCUCGCGUCUGGAGCGCCACAGCGAGCAGAGCGAGUGGAGGAGGGGGGAGGAGCUGAGGAGCCGCGACGACAGGCUCAAGGAGCUGCAGCUGGAGCUGGACAGGGAGCGCAGCAAGGAGCCGCCCGUCAAGUAUGUCACUCAGACUGUGGAGGUGGAGUCUCAGGCAACUCUAAGGCAGUUGGCCGAAUCCAAGCAGAAGAAUGAACGACUGUCAAAGAAGCUGUCCAAUCAGAAUGAACGGUGUAAGCAGCUGGAAGAGCACAUCAGACGGUCUGAUGAGGUCAGCUGCAAUUUGCAACAUAAGAUUGCAGCGUACGAGCGGGAGAUUAACACUCUCCGGGAGGAGCUGCUGAAGGAGAUCGGCCACCUGGAGAAGAAGAAAGAGGAGGCUGUCAAAGCUGCGUCCAACUGCUCUGAGGAGCAUCUGCAGACCAUGCAGGAGGACUUCGUCACCCUGCAAAGGCGCCUAAGUGCCCUUCCUCCUACUCUGCGCUCCAUGAAGACGGACUACGCCAGCCUGAGGACUCAGGUCCGCAACUUCUCCGACUUUUACGGAGCCGCCAUUAAAGACGCCAAGAAGCAGAUAACAGCAGCCAUGAGUGAGAUAUCGGAGGCUAACAAAGACCUGCUGGAGAAGUACAGGAAGGAGGUGGCUCUGCGCAGGAAAUACCACGAGCAGCUUGUGGAGCUCAAAGGAAACAUCCGUGUGCUGUGCCGUGUGAAGCCUGUUCUAAAGGAAGACCAACAUGAGGAGGGCCAGGGCGUGGUGGUCACCACAGAUCCCCACAACGAGUCGGCCCUCACCGUGGUAAACAAGGGCAAAGGUCGCGGUUUUGAGCUGGAUAAAGUGUUUCAUCCUCAGGCAACUCAAGAGGAGGUGUUUCAGGAAAUCGAGCCCCUUGUGACAUCCUGUAUCGAUGGAUAUCAUGUCUGUAUCUUUGCAUAUGGUCAGACUGGAUCAGGAAAGACCUAUACUAUGGAGGGGACAUCGGAGAACCCUGGCAUCAACCAGCGUGCCCUGAAGCACCUCUUCAACGAGAUCGAGGAGAGGAAGGACAUGUGGGAGUACACCGUCAGCGUCACCUCGGUAGAGAUCUACAACGAGGUCCUCAGAGACCUGCUAAGUAAGGAUGGAGAGAAGCUGGACAUCAAGAUGAAUCCAGAUGGCUCUGGUCAGCUGCAUGUCCCCGGCCUCAGAGUCAUCGAGGUCAAAAGCUUUCAGCACAUUAAGAAGAUUCUUGGAAUGGCUCGUCGCAAUCGGAUUACAUUCGGCACACAGAUGAACCAGCACAGUUCGCGAUCUCAUGCUCUCCUCAUGAUUACUGUGCAGGGGAUAGACCUCGCCACUGGCACCAAGACCACGGGUAAGCUGAACCUGGUGGAUCUGGCCGGGUCCGAGCGAGUGUGGAAGUCCGGAGCGGAGGGCGAACGGCUGAAGGAGGCCCAGAACAUCAACCGCUCCCUGCUGUCCCUGGGAGACGUCAUCCAGGCCCUGAGGGGCCGGCAGACCCACAUCCCCUUCAGGAACUCCAAACUCACCUACCUACUGCAGGACUCUCUCGGCAAGGGAAACAAGACGGCCAUGGUUGUGCAGGUGUCGGCUCUGGAGAGUAACGUUGGUGAGACGCUCUGCUCUCUGAAGUUUGCUCAGCGGGUUUGCAAGGUCGAACUGGGGCCUGCAGCCCGGAAGAUUGAAGCAGGUGAAAAGAUUAGCGAAAACUACUGUUGAGAUGGCGAGGUAACGUUCGGCGCAGGUCUGUUUCUCUGUUUUCCAAGUCAUCCGUGAGGGGUCUGUGUCUGUCUCGUGUAAAGGGCUAUGGUCCACGGCACAGUCCCUCAUAAGGCACCAGACAGCACGAGCUGUUCUGAUAGGUCAAGCCUCACCUCCUGCUCUCGGUCUCUGAAAUGGCUUCUCUCCCCACCAACUGCUCUGCAUGUCAGCUCAGACUGCCAUAAUCUCAGGCCCCUGGUGCCAUUCUCACCUGGACAGUUGUUUUCCACAACCACAAUGAGCUGAUGGUCAGGAAACUAGCCAGGGACAGUCUAGAUCGCAAACAUAUAGAGGGAGAGGACAGAGGCAUGACAGCACCGUGUCUUUUGGCUUCACUUCUAUUCUCAGAGAUCAAACAAUGCAGCAUUUAUCAUCUGUUCUAUCACAUAUCUCUGCAACAUGCUAAGCUAGUCUUUGAAACGCAUAUAUUUAUAAAGUAAUAACCACUAUGUAGGAAAAAUGUAGUCUUAUCCAUUGAGUUUAUCGGUGACUGUUAUGGUAGCCAUGUUAAAUUACUUCACAUUCUCAUGUUGUGUAACAACACAAGAUAUAACAGGAAUUCCUGAUUGUUUAGAGUUGUUAUG